AUGGGCGACCAGACCAUUAACGCAGCCGCUCCUCAGCAUCCGUUUGUCGACCCAAAGAGGGCCCCCGGCCACGAAGAUAUUGAAGAAGGAGAUGGCAAUGAUAAUCUCAAUCAAGCAAAGAAUGUACUGAGAGUGGCCAUGAAGAAGAGGCUAGAUCACUGGAAGGUAACUUCGGAGAACGCGCUCAGUCUGAAAAGUAUCUGUCAUUCGUCGACGUCGCCCUUUCCAUCGCAUCCUUCCUUGACUGGGGCAGCCUCUCUGACGUUUACUCGAUCAUCCAGCCGCCGGCUCCUCAAGACUCGGUCCCCCCGUCUCAACAACUUUCCACCGCUCGUCCUGAAAGUCAUGAGCCUCCUCACCUUUGACGAAGAAGCAGAUGAACGCAAGGAGACGGGAUACGAAAAACGGCGAGCAGGCGAUUGA